GGGGUUGGGAGCUGUGGGGGCCAGAUUAACCGGAGUCCUCCCACUCCACUGGCCGCCAUGGGGCUCGGGCUGCUGUUCCUACUGCUGCUGCUCUGGCCCUGGGGACCCCAGGGCUCCCCGCUGGACCCCGGUGGGCAGCACGUCUGUGUGGGCAGCAGCCCCUCUGAGCUCCAGUGCUGCCCAGGCUGGAGGCAAAAGGAUCACGAAUGCACCAUCCCCAUCUGCGAGGGGCCGGAUGCCUGCAGGGAAGGCGAGGUAUGCGUGAAGCCAGGCCUGUGUCGCUGCCCGCCGGGAUUCUUCGGGGCCCAGUGCAGCUCCCGCUGCCCGGGCCAGUACUGGGGCCCCGACUGCCGUGAGAGCUGUCCCUGCCAUCCACACGGCCAGUGCGAGCCAGCCACCGGUGUGUGCCAGUGCCAAGCUGACCGCUGGGGUGCCCGCUGCGAGUUCCCAUGCACCUGCGGUGCCCACGGGCACUGUGACCCCGCCACAGGCGAAUGCCGCUGUGACCCCGGCUGGUGGUCAUCCACGUGCCGCCGCCCGUGCCAGUGCAACCUGGCGGCGGCGCGCUGCGAGCCAGCCACGGGCGCCUGCCUGUGUGAAUCGGGCUGGUGGGGCCACCGCUGCAGUUUCCGCUGCGCAUGUCACGACUCACCCUGCGCGCAGGAGACUGGUCGCUGCACCUGCCGGCCAGGCUGGUGGGGCCCCGAGUGCCGGCAGCGGUGCGAGUGCGUGCGCGGCCGCUGCAGCGCUGUCUCGGGCAGGUGCACCUGCCCACCCGGCUUCCGCGGCGUGCGCUGUGAACUGCCCUGUCCCUCCGGCAGCUAUGGGGCUCAGUGCCGUGACAGCUGUGGCCACUGCAAGCAGAACAAGCCCUGCUCUCCAGACACAGGCAGCUGCGAGUCCUGCGAGCCGGGCUGGAACGGGACCCAGUGCCGCCAGCCCUGCCCCCCGGGCACCUUUGGGGAGGGCUGCAGGCAGCAGUGUCCCCGCUGCCGGCGUGGGGAGGCCUGUCAGCCAGACAGCGGACACUGCGCACACUGUGACCCCGGCUGGCUGGGGCCCAGGUGUGAAGACCCCUGCCCGGUUGGCACCUUUGGGAAGGACUGCAGCUCUGUCUGUCCCAGCUGUGUCCAGGGAACCUGUGAUGCUGUCACAGGGGAGUGUGUCUGCAGUGCUGGCUUCUGGGGGCCCAGCUGCAACGUUUCCUGCCCAUCUGGCUUCCAUGGAAACAACUGUUCCCUUCUCUGCGAAUGCCCAGAGGGACCCUGCCACCCUGUUUCUGGGGCCUGCCAGCCGGGCCCUCCCGGUCAGGAUGCGGCCCUCAUCGCCGGCAUCCUCGUGCCCCUGCUGCUACUCCUCCUGGGCAUCGCUUGCUGUGCCUGCUGCUGCUGGGCUGCCCGGGGGGGCCCCAAGGACAGGCCAGCACAAGACGGAGCCGCCCUGUCUCGGAUGAAGCUGCAGGUCUGGGAGGCACUGACCAGCCUGGGCUCCGUGCUGCCUUGUGGCUCCUUCAGCAGUCAUAAGCUACCCUGGGUGACAGUCUCGCACCACGACCCGGAGACCCCCUUCAACCACAGCUUCAUUGAGCCACCCUCCGCCGGCUGGGCCUCCGACGACUCCUUCUCUUCUGAUUCUGAGUCCGGCGAGGAGGAUGAGGGUCCUGCCUACUGCGUGCCACCCCAAGAAGGGAUGGUCCCAGUGGACCCAUCAGAGUCAUCAGAGCUGGGCGGGGGCCCCUUCCCGCCCCCCGAGGACACCUCCACGCCGUUCGCCAUCCCACGUACCUCCAGCCUAGCGCGGGCCAAGCGGCCAUCUGUCUCCUUCGCUGAAGGCACUAAGUUUGCAUGUCAGAGUCGCCGAAGCUCAGGGGAGCUUCCCAGCCCACUUCGAAAGCCCAAGAGGCUCUCUCGAGGGGCCCAAGCAGGCCCCGAGGGCCAGGAGGCUGAGGAGUGCACAGGCCCAGGGCAAGCAGAAGCUGACGAGACCCCUCCCGCUGCUGCCACCCCGAGAGAGGCAGCCGCUGGCCGCCGCCGCCCCCCACUUGGUGGCCGAACAGUGGCUGAGCGUGUGGAAGCCAUUGAGGGCAGUGUGCAGGAGAACUCGGGCCCUGUGACCACCAUCUACAUGCUGGCAGGGACGCCCCGGGGGGCCGAGGGCCCCGUCCGGUCUGUCCUCCGCCGUUUUGGUAGCUUCCAGAGAGGCCAGGCAGAGCCCAAGGUCAAGAGUGCCAUCCCUAAGCCUCCACGGCGAGCCUUGAGUCGGAACAAGGGCAGCCCUGGACCUGGACCCACCUCUACUCCUGCUAGCCAGAGCCCCAAGAGUGGGCAUGCUGGGGCCACAGAGGCAGCAGGAGUCAGGCCAGAGGAAGUGGCCAGGGGGCUGGCGGGUGGCCCCAAGAGCUCAGGGAGGGCCCAGGAGCUGGUGUCCAGGGCUGGGCCCCCAGAACAAGAUCCCCAGAUGCAGGCCGGAGAGGAAGGGCAGGGUGAGCCCCAGUAUGAGAAUGUUGCACCCAUUUCUGGGCCACCAGAGCCCUGAGGACCUCAAAUCGGCAGCGUGAGAAGAUUCUGGAUGCGCAGGGGCUAUCAGAACUGCCCACGUGUCAGGCCGUGCUUCGUGAUGAACAAUAAUCCAAGGCCCAGGCCAGAGCAUGCGCACUGGGACAGGCCAGGGUGAGAGGCCCGCGGGCUCCGGGCCGGCCAGGUUCCCAGACGGCGCCUGCGCAGAUGGCUCACAGGCCCGGGGCCGGGAGGCGGGAGAGUCUCCGACCCUGGGGUUUUUUGGGCUCUUGGCUUGAGCUCUGCCGGCAAAGAACUGUUGGUUCCUUCAUUUGCGAAACUUUUUUUUUUUUUUUCCUGAAAUGGGAGACAGCCUAAAUGUCUGAUAAGAAAAGAUCAGCUAAACAACCAGGGCUCAGGAUAGGUCACUCCACGGUCGUUGUGUGAGAAUAUUUAAUAUUGGAGAAGUGGGAGGGUGGGAACUCAGCCGUUAAGGGUGUGAAAAGUAAUGAAAGCGAAAGCAGUUCAGUUCCAGCGUUUCCUUGCCAUAAACUUUGUGUCUUUAGUUCUUAGUCUACGUGGUGAGAAUGUUCCUUUUUUGUUAUAGUUUGAGGUUGUUUUAUGAACUCUGUUUUAAAAGGAUCCAUGUGCAUGAAAGAUGCAAGGGUUGGGUGCUGGUGCUGUGGCGCAGUGGGUUAAAGCCUCAGCCUGCAGCACCAGCAUCCCAUAUGGGUGCCAGCUCGAGUCCUGGCUUCGGAUCAGCUCAGCUCCGGCCGUUGUGGUCAUCUGGGGAGCGAACCAACGGAUGGAAGACACCCCCCGCCCCCCGUAACUCUCUUUCAAAUAAAUAAAAUAAAUCUUUAACAACAACAAAAAAAAGAUUCAAGUGCAUCAACUCAUAUAUUUCUCUGGUAGGUGAGCCUGGGAUGUUAUUUAUUUUCUUGAGCUUUUGUAUAAUUUGCAAAUUUCUAAAGUGACCACUCUUUUUUUUUUUUAGCUUUUCUCAUUAGAUUGAAUUUUUUUUAAAGUUACAAACAGCAAUAUUCUUUGUUAAAAAUAAAAACUGGUAGCAUUACAAACUUGCCUAAAGUAAGGCUGAGAUCCGUCUUCGCCCCAGAGGCAGCCUGGGGAGUGAGAGGGGAGACUUAGCAAGUGUCUUCUGGUGCUGAGUUGUUGGCUCACGCGGUGGGUCACCGUGUUUCCUGCACAGGCCUCCGAGGCGGGAGAGCAGUGGAGGUGGCUGCCUUGCAGGGUUUUCUGUGCACAGGUAGGCACAUGCUUCAGACAAGAAUAGGGGAACAUACCCUCCUGGGCUUGCUCUUGUUAACAAUGUAACCUGGAGAGCUCUCCAUGCCACCUCUCUGAUAAAAAUGUAACUACUUGGGACUUCAUCUUGUGGAGCUAACGCAGGUGAUUUAGAAAGUUGGGUUAUUUCUAAUCAUUUGCUCUAAUAAACAAUGGUGAAGUAUACAAUUUUGUCCAUAUUUUUGUACUUAUGCAAGUUUGAUUUUUUUUUUCUUCUAUAGAAUAGAUUUCUAGAACUUGGAUUGUGAAGCUAUGGGCUAGGAAUAGUAGAUAUUUCUGUACUUAUUUUAAGUUGCCCUCCAAAAAGGUUGUAUAACUUUGUACUCACAAAUCAUGGAGUUAUCCCUUUCUCUUGGUAUCUUGGGGCGGUGUUUGGCAUGGUCGUUAAGACGCCACUUGGAACACCGCAUCCUACAUGGCAGUGCCUGGGUUCAGAUCCCGGCUCUGCCCCUGAUUCCGCCCUCCUGUUGCAGUGGGGGUGAUGAGUCCAGUGGCGGGUCCUCCCCACCACCUGAGUCCUGGCUGCUGACGUAGUCUGGCCCAACCCCAGUGUUACAGGCACUUGGAGAGUGAACCCGUGGAUGAGAGAUCUGUUUUUCUUUCAAAUAAGAAAAUUAUUUUUUAAAUGUCAUUUCUGCAAAUACCACUUGUAAAAUGAGAUUAUUUUAGACAAUAAAAAUGUGUCAUAGCUUCUUAAAAAGUUAAAAUCUGUAGCCAACACUGUAGUGUGUGGGCUAAGCCUCCACUUGUGACACCGGCAUCCCAUAUGGGAGCAUGGGUUCUGGUCCUGGCUGUUCCACUUCUGAUCCAGCUUCCUGGUAAUGCACCUGUGAAGGCAGGGGAUGAUGGCCUAAGAACUUGGAUCCUGCCACCCAGGUGAUGGCCAGGAUAGAGUUUCUGGCUCCUGGAUUUAGCCUGGUCCAGCCCUGGCUCUUGCGGCCAUUUGGAAAAUGAACCAAUGGAUGGAAGAUCCCUCUCUGCCUCUGUCUCUCUCUCUCUUGAUUGGCCUUUUUUUUUUUUUUUUUAAGAUUUAUUUAUUUUACUUGAAAGUCAGAGUUGCACAGAGAGAAGGAGAGGCAGAGAGAGAGAGAGAGAGAGAGAGGUCUUUCAUCCGCUGGUUCACUCCCCAAUUGGCCGUCAACAGCCAGAGCUGUGCCAAUCCGAAGCCAGGAGCCAGGAGCUCCUUCCAGGUCUCCCACAUGGGUGCAGGGGCCCAAGGACUUGGGCCAUCUUCUACUGCUUUCCCAGGCAAUAACAGAGAGCUGGAUCAGAAGCGGAGCAGCCAGGAUCCAAACCGGCACCGAUAUAGGAUGCUGGCACUACAGGCGGUGGCUUUACCUGCUAUGCCACAGCACGGGCCCCUUGGUCUUUCAAAUUGAUCAACCAACCAUAUUUGCUGGUUCAUUCCCCAACUGACCUCAACAGCCCCAGUUGGGCCAGGCGAAGGCAAGAGCCAGGAACUCCAUCCAGGUCUCAUAUCGGUGGCAGAGGCUCAAGUUCUUAGUCAUCAUCCUCUGCUUUCAUAGGCCCAUUAGCAGGGAGCUGGAUGGAAGUGCAGCAGCUAGAACUUGAACCUGUAUGUCUACGGAAAGCUGAAGUUACAGGGUGCCACAAUGCUAGCCACCCCUCAAUCUUUUUUCUUUGUUUAAAUAUUUAUUUAUUUUAAAGGCACAGUUACAGAGAGAAAGGCAGAGAGAGACAGAGAAAGAAUCCUCCAUCCACUGGUUUACUUCCCAAAUGGCCUCAGUGACUGGAGAUGGGCAGAUCCAAAGCCAGGAGCCAGGAGUUUCUUCCAGGUCUUCCUUGUGGGUGCAGGGGCCCAAGCAUUUUGGUCAUCUGUUGCUGCUUUCCCAGGCACAUUAGGCUGGAUCAGAAGUGGAGCAGCUGGAACUUGAACCACUGCCCCAGGUUGUGGCUUUGCUAAGUCACAAUGCUGGCCCCAAUCUUUUUCUUUUAUUUUUUUUUUAAGUUAAAAUAUGGGGCAGGUGUUAUGCCGCAAUGGGUUAAGCCACUCAUUAGGGUGCCCGCAUCCCACAGCAGAGUGCUGGUUUGAGUACUGGCUACUCCAUUUCCAAUCCUGCAUUCCUGCUAAGGUAUCAGGCAGGCAGCAGGUGAUGGCCCAAGUACUUGAGUCCCUGCCAUCCACGUAGGAGACCCAGAUGGAGUUCUAGACUUUGGCCUGGCCCGGCCUGGCUCUUGUAGGUAUUUGUGGAGUGAACCAGUGGAAAAUCUGUCUCUCUCUCUCCGUCACUCUGCCUUUUCAAAUAAAUAAUUUUUAAAGAUUUAUUUUAUUUAUUUGAAAGACAAAGUUACAGAGAGAGGUAGAGCCAGAGAGAGAGAAGUCUUCCAUCUGCUGAUUCACUUCCCAAAUGGCCACAAUGGCCAGAGUUGAGCUGAUCCGAAGCCAGAAGCCAGGAGCCUCUUCCAGGUCUCCCACACGGGUGCAGAAGCCCAAGGAGUUGGGCCAUCUUCUACUGCUUUCCCAGGCCAUAGCAGAGAGCUAGAUUGGAAAUAGAGCAGCUGGGACUUGAACAGGCACCCAUACGAGAUGCGGGCACUGCAGGCUGGGGCUUUAACCUGCCACACCACAGCACCAGCCCCAAUAAAUAAAUUUUUAAGUUAAAAUCAUUGUACAAGUAAAAAUUAUGUUUUUAAAUGAUCAAAAAUUCAGAGGCUGGUGCUGUGGUGCAGUGGGUUGACGCCCUGGCCUGAAGCACCAGCAUCCCAUAUGGGCACCCAUUCAAGUCCUGGCUGCUCCACUUCUGAUCCAGCUCUCUGCUAUGGCCUGGGAAAGCAGAGGAUGGCCCAAGACCUUGAGCCCAUGCACCCAUGUGGGAGACCCGGAGGAAGCUCCUGGCUCCUGGCUUCGGAUUGGUGCAGCUCCGGCCAUUGAGGCUAAUUGGGGAGUGAACCAGCGGAUGGAAGACCUUUCUGUCUCUCUGUCUCUGUCUCUCUCUCUCUCUCUCUCUCUCUGUGUGUCUCCUCUGUGUUCAAAUAAAUAAAUCUUUUAAAAAUAAUUAAAAUAUUGCAAUUUGAAUUUCUGUGAUUAGCCUAAGUUUUUUCGUAUCUUUAAAAAAGUUUUUCGUCUACUUGAAAGGCAGAGCAACACACAGAGAGAGAGAGAGAGAGAGAGAGAGAGAGAGAGAAAGAAUCUUCUAUAUACUGGCUCACUCCCCAAAUGCCCACCUCAACCAAAGCUGAAUCAGGCCUUGGUCAGGAGCCUGGAAUUCCAUCUGAAUCUCCCACAUGGAUGUCAGAGACCCAAGUAACCUGGGCCAUCAUCUGCUGGCUCCCAGGUGCAUUGGCAGGAAGCCAGAUUGAAAGCAGAGCAGGUGCCCAGAUGUGUUUGGGGGUUAUCACAACCCAUUGUAUUACAAUGCCUACCCUUCUUUUCCUAUCCUUAAUAGCAAUUUGUAUUUUUCCUGUAGAUUACCUGGUUAUAUUCAGUUUCCCACUGAGGUGUUCUUUGUUCUCAUUGAUUUGUAAGUGCCUUGCACAUAUCAAGGAUAUUAAUUCUUUGCCCAGCUUGUAACUGCCGUUUUACUGACGUUUAGUUUUAUCUUUUUCUCUAUAGACGGUUAAAAUUACAAUUUAGACAUUGCUUGUUCUUA